GCAUUUCAUCGUUUGACGUCAUUGGCAUACCUUUACAACUUUACAAUUUGAAUUUGCUCUAACUAUGGGAGAUAACGAAGAACAAGAUAUCCAACAGCCUAACUCCGACGGGAUGGACCCGGAAGGAGUCAUCUCAGGAAACUGGGAUGAGGUUGUUGAUGACUUCGAUGCGAUGAAACUUCGCGAAAUGCUCCUCCGAGGCAUCUAUGCCUACGGUUUUGAACGACCCUCCGCAAUCCAGUCCCGUGCUAUUAUUCCUUGUGUGCAAGGACACGAUGUUAUUGCUCAAGCCCAGUCUGGUACUGGUAAGACAGCAACAUUUGCAAUUGCUCUUAUGCAAAGGAUCAACUUUGAGGUGAAGGAAACUCAAGGUUUGGUCUUGGCUCCCACAAGAGAAUUGGCUCAACAGAUCCAGAAGGUUGUUAUCGCUCUUGGAGACUACCUUGAGGUUGACUGUCACGCGUGUAUUGGUGGCACUGCCAUUGCUGUCGACAUGAAGAGGUUGGAUAACAGGCCUCACAUCGUCGUCGGUACCCCCGGCCGAGUAAAAGACAUGAUCGAGCGAAAGAACUUGAAGACGAAGAGUAUCAAGAUGUUUGUACUGGACGAGGCUGAUGAGAUGUUGAACCGAGGGUUCAAGGACCAGAUCUACGAGAUCUUCAGGAACAUGAACAGCGACACACAGGCUAUCCUACUGUCCGCUACCAUGCCCAGCGAUGUGUUGGAGGUCACCAAGAAGUUCAUGAGGGAUCCCGUAGAAAUUCUCGUUAAGAAAGAUGAGCUGACUCUUGAGGGUAUUAAACAGUUCUUCGUCAACGUCGAGAAAGAGGCCUGGAAGUACGAGACCCUGGCUGAUCUGUACGAAGCCAUCUCAAUCACCCAAGCUGUCAUCUUCUGUAAUACUCGGCGACGUGUGGACGACCUGACAAGACAUUUGCGAGAGAAAACUUUCACUGUGUCUGCCAUGCACGGUGAUAUGGACCAGAAGACUCGUGAUUGUAUCAUGAGAGAAUUCAGGACUGGCUCCUCUCGUGUUCUCAUCACCACAGAUCUGCUGGCUCGAGGUAUUGACGUACAGCAAGUCUCCCUCGUAAUUAACUUUGAUCUUCCCAAAAACAGAGAAAACUACAUCCACAGAAUCGGACGAUCUGGUCGUUUUGGUCGUAAGGGAGUUGCGAUCAACUUUGUGACCACUGAUACUGAGCGUAUUAUGAAAGACAUCGAGAACUACUACAAUACGCAGAUUGAGGAGAUGCCCAUGAACAUCGCCGACUUAAUUUAAAUGACAUUGGUCAGCAAAUUGAGGUCACGUGCCGUUUGGCUGGGCCGCGUGACAAGCCGGGGACGGGGACGUCGUUUUCUUUACUUCUUGUAUUUUACCCAGACCUACUGUUUUGAUCUAUUUGAUUAUAUUCGAUCCUAA